AUGGAGUGGGCCAGGGACCGUUUACACCUGAGAUGGACCACAGACCAGCACGUACCAGAGGUAGAAGUCCAAGUCAAAUGGAGAAGAACAGCCUCACUGAACAGCCAGGAGUGUCACGUGUACCCAAGGCGAUCUCAGCAGCAGCAGCAGCAAGUACCUGUGGUGGAUUUCCAGGUGGGACUGAGACAGGCAUUCUUAGCUGAGAUACCAAGAGGUGGUUAA